AUGGUGCUUCUCCCAGGCACUCGUGCGUCUAAUGAACAGACCGAACAGCUGAGGACAGUGCGCGCCCAGCUUCAAGACAAAGUCCGCGAUGACUGGAACUUCACCGGAGCUCCUUAUGUUCUUCCCUCAUACUACCCGGCCUCACUCCCGUCUGCCCCGUCUACGUGGAAUCACUCUUCUCAGCCGGUCGCAACUACACCUGUCGCCUCAUCUGCGGCCACUCCGUCUGCCGCCACACCAAAUGCAAGAGAAUGCGUCAAUGAGCACAUCAGACAAAACCCCAUCAACUUGCCCCCAAGGGACCAGCACCCGAUCCUCCCACCGACUNGGCGUCCACGCUACUACAGCGACGGUGAAGACUCGGCCUCAGACAACGAGAACGACAAUGCUCCGCCCGCCUUCGACACUCCCGACUCGGUCAGUACAGACCUGGAGGCUCGCAAGCAACGAAGACGCAGGCGUCGUCAACAGAGAUUCGAGAAUGAGAUGAGGGAGAACAUCGGCCUUGCCCAUUGGAGCGCUCAGAGGAACAAGUGGACUGGUGCCGAACAUAGAAACCUCGUCCAACAAGAUCGCUCCGCAACCAAACCGUCACCUGGACAACCUCAAUCUCCUCAGAUUCCGUCACCAGUGCCUACCACGUCCACAUCGUCCACUCUUACCGGAGCAGUCCCAGACACAGACUUGGUCAUCCCCGUAGCACCACCGCUGCUUCUCGAAAACCCCAUCCGCGACCGGAUAAACAAGAAUGCCUACUCGGACAUCUACACAAAGAUCAUCCUCCAAGGUCGCACUCCCUCCAUUCCCAUCAGCCUCACUGAUGUUACCCGCUCUUUGGUACACGGCUGGAAAGAAGAAGGCCAGUGGCCGCCAAAACCUACCCCCGCAGAGCCCAGUCUGGUCAAGAAAAAUGGACAUCCACACAUAAAAGGCAUGCUGGAAACAUNNCUGGGCAGACCAUUCCUCAAGGGUCAAGGAGUUCCUGUUGAGAAGGGUUCGGCACAAGGUCAGGUUUAG